UUGCAGGAAGAACAUCUUCUGUCAUGGCGACUUCGAAUUGGAGUGACAGCAAGAUGUCAAGCGGCUUCACUUACGGAAAGACCAAAGCCAGAUCCAUGUGCGCAAUCUCAGUACAGGCUGGAUUACGAUCUGUUUUACGAAGUAAUGAGACGCUUACUUCCUUGGCCAGUCACUUCUAAUUUUGUGGUUCGCCUGUUUAGGUUACUUGAUGUAUCUGACAGUGGCCUACUGACAUUCCGUGAUUUGGCCCUUACCCUAUCCUUACUCUUACUUGGUGAUGCUACCGAAAAGUUAGCAGUUAUCUACAAAUGCCAUAUACCACCUGCAUUCAAUAUGGCUGACCUUGACGACAUAGCCUCUGUGGAAGAUGUGCGAGAGGGUUGGUUGGUCGUGGAAGGUGAAACCCCCGAGGUUGCUGUCGAUGCAAUGGAUAUGCUGGAUCCUCCAAAAUCUUCUGAGGGCGCAUCUGCUGAGAGUAGUCCCUCGAAAUGUGGCGAUUCCAGCACGGUCAAUAGUGCAGUGGUUGUGGACAAUCCUAAAUCGAGCGCAUCCUCUUUGCUUGACUUGAUUGCUGCCAAGUCUUGUGGAAGUAAUUCUUCUGAUUCUAGUCAGGAACAAAUCCAAAUCGCAGAUGAAGCCAGUGAAGAAGCUGUGUCAUUAGUGGAAGAUUCCAUUACUAAACUGAAAAAUCUGCGAGCUACCGUUUUGUCACCAAGCGCUGCUAAUUUACGUUUGGAAAUCAAAACGCUUCCGCCUAUAAAUCAGGUUCAAUUUAUCCAACUGUGGAAGACAUUAUACGAUAUGCUGAAUGCAAAUGAAGCAGAUCAGCCUUUAUUCCACUCACUCGCCGUUGUAGGAACUCUCCUGUUCCAACUCGGUGAAACACACAGAGAAUUACGAGCCAAGAUGGUAGCAGAAAUAGCAGAUGCCAUGAAAGAAGACGGUGAUAGUCCGUCGCCUGAAAAAUCAACGUCGCCUGAAAAAUCAACGUCGCCAGAAGUGAAACAAGAGGAUGAGGAUACCAUAACACCAGAGGAAGAUUUGAGCACUGCACAGAGACGACGUAUUGCUGCACUUCAGACUGGAGUGGAUGAGAAGGAAUGGCAUAUAAAUUUCGAGCAAAUUCUUGCCACACUACUUAGUGAACAUCCGCUUGCAAACUAUUUCGAGAGGAAAUAUACUUUACAAGGACUUGUACGGAGGUGA